CCACUACCAAAUACUAGCGGCAGAACAUCAAGACAAAAAUGGAUACAUUAGACGACGAGAUUAACGAUGAAUAUGGUGAUCAGGAGUUGUGGCCUAUUCUUCCAGAGCAUCACCGAAGAACAAUCCUGCAUAUAGAUGUUGAUUGUUUUUAUGCCCAGGUAGAGAUGGUUCGUAACCCCAGUUUAAGAGACAAGCCUCUUGGGAUUAAGCAGAAAAACCUAAUGGUUACUUGUAACUAUGUAGCCCGGUCUCUUGGGGUGAAGAAGUCUAUGUGGGUCAAGGAUGCGUUAGAAUUUUUGCCCAGUUUGAUCUUGAUUGAUGGUUCCGAUCUUACUCCCUACCGUAAGUUUUCUUCGGAUAUCUCUGCAAUUGCCCAGACAUUCUCACCUCAUGUAGAAAGACUUGGUCUCGAUGAAAAUUUUAUUGAUGUAACAGAUAUUGUGCAAAAUUACUCGUGUGCUGAAAAGGAUGAAAUUGAAGGCCAUGUGUAUGGUGACAAAGAGCCAAAUCAAGUUUUCUUUCAAAGCCGAUGCGGGUGUGGAUGUCAGGAAAGAUUAAUUUCUGGUACUUAUAUAGCGAAAGAGUUGCGACAGCAGAUAUUUGCAACAACAGGCAUCACUUGUUGCGCCGGGAUAGCCCAUAACAAAUUACUUGCCAAACUUAUUUCUGGCUACCACAAGCCCAACCAACAGACUGUGUUAUUUCCUUGGCAAGUUCAGGAUUUUAUGAAUUCUUUGCAUUUAGCUAAGAGCAUACCAGGUAUUGGAUAUGCUACUAGCAGAGUACUCGAGGAACUGGGGAUAUCAUCUGUACAGCAACUUCAGAACUCAACAUUUGAAGUGUUAACAUCCAAAUUUGAUUAUGAAACAAGCAAAAGAUUUAAAGAUUUAAGUUUCGGAUUAGAUGCAACAAUUGUGAAAAAGAGUGGGCGACCACAGAGCAUUGGAAUUGAAGAUGCCGUUCGAAAAGUAACUUCUGUUGGAGAAGUCAGAGAUAAAUAUUACACCUUAUUGGAAAGGCUCCUUAAACUUCUUGCAGAUGAUGGCCGUGUUCCAGCUUCAAUUAGAGUUUUGGUUCGUAAAUUUGAUGCUGCUAAAAGGUUUGGACACAGAGAAACAAAACAAGCCCCAAUUUCAUCAUCUCUGUUUUCAACGGGUGUUAUAAAUGUAAGUGACAAUAUCAAAUCAAUCUUAAUGAAUAUAAUCAUGGGACUGUUUCAUAAAAUGGUUAAUACAAGUAAGGAAUUUCAUCUUACCCUUGUUGGGGUUGGAUUCAACAAAUUUAUUGAACGGGCACAAGAUACCCAAACAAUUGGUAGUUUUUUCUCAAAGCGCUCUCGAGAGCAAAAUGCAGCGCAAGGCAAAGAUGAUGAUACUGAUAUGAAACGUAUCAAACUGUGUCAACCAUGUACCUCUGAACAAAUGGUAGAUAUGGAAACUAUUCAAAUGAAAUCAAGUGAAAAGAUUGGUUCUAUUGAAAAUUAUAACGAUUCAUUUGAAAAUAGAUCUUCAUUUGAAACCUGUAAAAAUUCGACAGAACUGAUGGCAGAUAAGGGUAAUCAAAGUGUUUAUGUUGGAAGUAUGAGAAAAGACUUGACAUCAAAGAAUUGUAAUAAUCCCGAAUUGCCAGUCAGUGAUGACGAAGCAGACUCUGUGACACUGAAAAAGCAUGCACCUCUAGUACUACCCAGUGGCAUUGAUAAAGAAGUUUUUAGUUCUCUCCCUGCUGACCUACAAGUUGAAAUCCUUCUGGCUUACAAGAGUAACCAAAAUACUAAUGCACAAACAGAAAAAGUGGUGACAUCCAAACAGAUCAUUCCCAAGAAAAAUGGUUUGGUUAAAAACAAAAAAAUAGACAAUUAUUUUAAAGCUCAGGUUGAUGCAGAAGUGGUUAGAGCAAGUGCUAACUGUGACAAGACAAGAGCUGGUGAUUCUGUGGAGGUGCCUUGUGGUGCUUCUGAAACCCUUGAAGGCAGCAAGCCCUCCUGUAGCUAUACUGUUAGGGACUCUCCUCAAACUAAACCAUCCAGUACAAAAAACGUCUGUGAUCCAAGUGUUACAGAAGCCUCAUCUCGUAUGGCUCGUGUACUCUCUGAUGAUAUAGAUCCAACUGUUUUCAAUGCUCUCCCAACUUAUAUACAGCAGGAAAUUAUUCAGGAACAAGAACUUUUAAAGCAAAUGCCACAUUCAUCACAACUUAAAAGAGCAUUAAUAUGUAAUAACAAAAAAACAAACGAAUCAGUUUCAAUUUUGAAAUAUCUUAAAAAGAAAUUAUAAUAUAAAAUUUGCCAAUAAAUUUAACAACUAUUUUGUAUAUGCUAUCCUUCAAAAUAUAAAUUUAUUGUUAAAUAUUUAAAAUUGAAGCUUGUAUUUUGAUAUCAAAUUGAUUAUUACUCUUGAUGUAUAAAUUGUAAUUACCCAGACCUUUACAGUACUGUAUAUAAAAAAUAUAUAUAUUGCCUUGUACACAGUCUAUCUACUUUCCCAAAGCCAUCAAUGAUUCUGACCUGCAAGACACCCAAAUAUAUAUACUGUACUUAUUUACCCAUGAACUCUGUAUCGUAUUGUAUAUACUUGCCAGCUAUGCUAAUAUGACCUAUCCCAUUUCCUUGUUUUCAGUGCACUUUUGCUUCCCUUCUGUAGUGGGACAAAUGAUCAUAAUUCUUUUCUGCUACACACAUUUUGUGCAUUAAUUAAACUACUGACUGACAAUCACAGGUUUCUUAACAGUAUUUUUGCUUUAAUUAUAUUUAAGGUUUGCAUAUCUUUUCCUUUCUGAUGCAAUAUUUUAGACACCCAACCCACAAUACUGAAAUUAUAGAAUGGAUGAUGUUUUGGUCCAUCCUGGACCAUUACCAAGUCAUGUAAUACAGUAAUCCAGGAUGGAUCAAAAUGUUGGCAGUUUAUUUUGUUUUCAGGUUUGUGAGUUUGGGGUCUUAAUUUUCAGCUACGUUAUUGUGACUCAGUGUCUGCAUACAAUAUUUUAAUUUACACAACCAUUCCUGCUUGCUAUACUUGUUAAAUCUUUGUAAACAAUAGUGUCUGUGUUUUGCCAUGUCAUUUUCCACAUAUUUUUUGCAGAUUAUUUUUGUUAUUUUUUCAUAAUUUUCAGUAGUAGCCAACUUGUCUCAUCAAUCACACAUGACAUUAAUUAAAACCUUUCCUGCAUGGGUUUUUCUUCUCUUACAUUUACCUCUUUUCCUAUAUGAAUUUACCUAUUUCUUACAUGAAAAUAAAUACUGUAUAUAAUAACAGCAUGUAAUAACAAUACGCAUUAAUAUGUAAUAACAAAAAAAGAGUUAGUUUCAAUUUUGAAAUAGGAAUUUUUAUAUAAACUUUUUAUAAUUUUUUAUAUAAAAAUUAAUUUAUAUGCUACUUUUUAUAUAAGGUUCAUAUAAACCUUCCAUUUUAUAUACAGUGCCGGACUACAUUAAUUUUAAGAUGUUAAAGUAUUCAUUCAUCCUAAA